AUGCCUGACUUUGUCCCCUCGUACCCAUCGGUCGACUACGCUUCGAUGUCGGCUGAGAAACUGGCUGCGUACCAUGACCCGUCCAACGACGGCACCGUAUACCUGUUCAACAACAUCGUGUGCCCCUUUGGCCAUCGCGCGUUGUGGACCGCGGUGGAAAUCAACGCGCCAUUUCACGUAGUUGAAGUGUCGCUCAAGAGCAAACCUGCGUCGUAUAGCGAAAUGUUUAACCGAUACGGCACGGUGCCGUAUUUGUUGGACAAUGGUUUCGCUGUCUACGAGUCGGCGAUAAUCGCGCAGUAUUUGGACUUCAAGUUUAACAAUGGCGAGUUGCACCGCUCCAACGACCCCCAGGCUGCGUCGCUGGCGCAGCUUGCCGUCGCUAAAUUUGAAGCCAAACCGUUCUACGCGGAAGCCGAAGUUCGCGAAAUCCUCGCGGAACUCGAGACGAUUUACACCAACCACGCCAAGGCAUACCGCGACCAAGGUCCGUACUUGCUCGGGGCCAACCUGAGCAGUGCAGAAAUCAACCUUGUCCCUUUCUUCUUUCGCUUCGACGUGCUCUUGACCCACUAUCACAAGGUGGACGUGUUCACCGAUAUCCCGCACUUGAAGGCCGCGUUGGCCGCUGCCGUGGGUCGCCCGGCCUUUCAACAAACGGUCCGAGAGCCGCAGUAUUACAUUGAUGCGUACUCUACUUAUGUCAACCCUGCGCCUCCCGCCGAUUCGUAA